AUGCAAGUGAAAGUGAAGACAUUGACAGGCAGGGAUAUCCCUGUUGACAUUGAACCUCAAGAUAAAAUAAUAAGAAUCAAGGAGAUGAUGGAAGAGAAAGAAGGUAUUUCUCCAGCACAGCAACGAUUAAUCUUCAAUGGGUCACAAUUAGAUGAUGACAAAACCGUUCAAGAAUCUGGAAUCCAGGCUGGUGCUUCCUUGCAUUUGGUUUUGACGUUAAGAGGAGGUGCUUAA